AUGCAAGACGAUAGCAGUGAACAAGGUAACAUCAUAUUCCAUCAUAAUACUCCUGGAGAUGCCAAUAUUGUUCCUGUAGACGCUCUUGACCAUGCAGCAUAUCUGGAUAGGAUCUCAACCGCUUUCUUGACCCGUUAUAAGAACUCUGGAAAAAGUGAAAUCCUUGACGAAGCGAUUGCAGCGCAGCGUAAGGCACUCUCAAUCUAUGUUGCACAUCCCCCAACAAAUCCGGAGUGUCUCAAUAACCUCGCUAACAUGCUUCUUAUUCGAUUUGACCGGAUGAAACAAAUGAAGGACGUCCACGAUGCAAUCACUUACCAUCUUGAAUCCCUUUCUCUCCGUCCACCUGGCGACCAUAGUCGCUCCAUCGCUUUGUUGGGGGUAGGUCAAGCACUUAAAUGUCGCUAUGAGCGGCGGGGUAGUGUUUGGGACUUGGAAGGGGCAAUAUUAGCAUAUAAAGAACUGCAAACAAUUUGCACCACUGGACACCCCAAUCGACAAGGGGCUCUGAACGGACUUGCCAGUUGUCUCAUCAUUCGAUAUGAGCAACGUGGGAAUAUUGUGGAUCUGGAGCAGUGUAUCUCUAGUGUUCGGGAGUCGCUCAAGAUAUGUCCUGGUAACCACCCAGAACAUUCGAGAUGUUUUGACUCACUUGCAGCUAUGAUCAUGGCUCGUUAUAAUCGUUUCGGUGAAAUCAAGGAUUUGGAUGAAGCUAUGGGGCUCCACCAAAAGGCACUUGAUUUCUGCCCUGCCGGACACCCCCUACGUUCACUUACGUUGGUCAAUUUCUCUAUUUCUCGUAGAAAGCGGUAUGAACGGAUUGGAAAUAUCGAUGAUAUCGCACAAGCCAUUUCAUAUACUCGGGAAACGCUUAAAUUGCAUCCAUUCCCCACCCCCCUGCGUGCAACGUCCUUGAAUACCAUUGCCAACAGUCUUCUAACUCGGUAUAACGCAUUGGGUUCAAUAAAUGACCUGGAAGAGGCAAUCGCCUACUUCCACGAAGCAAUCAAUAUAUAUCCGUCAGGUCACCAUGAACGUGCAAAGCCUCUUAACAAUAUCGCCAACGCCAUUCAUAUUCGAUAUGAACUCUUUGGCGAGACCGAGGAUUUAGAAAAGUUAUUGACAUACCGUCAGGAAGCUCUUUCUCUAUACAAUGAGAAACACAUUGAGCGCGCAGGGGCCUUGAACCACCUUGCAAGCGCGUUUCACCUUCGCUUCAUCCAUCUGGGAUUGAUGGAGGACUUGGAAGAGUGUAUCUCACUUCACAGAGUAUCAAUGGAGUUGUCACCAUCCGGGGACGGGCGAUAUUCUUCUUUGUGCAAUUUCAUAAAUGCACUGCAAACUCGCUAUGAGCGAUUGGGCACUGUUGAAGAUCUAGAUGAGGCGAUUUCAUUUCUCAAUGAUGGCCUUCGACUGGAAUCCAGAGGAAACAUGCAGCUCUCGGUUUUACUGAAUAACUUUGGAAGUAUUUUUCAGAAUCGGUACAAGCUUUUGAAUAGAGUUGAUGAUUUGGACAAUUCGAUCACUUUGCAUCGAGAGGCGCUUGAAAUGCAAUCGCUUGGCCACCCUUUGCGAUACAUGUCUCUAACAAAUCUUGCGAGCGCACUGCAAGCGCGGUACAUUCGUCUGAAUGCUCUAGAAGACCUCGAACAAGCAAUCCAACUCCUAUGCGAAUCGCUGGAAAAUAUACCAGCCGGUCACCUCCAAUACUCAUUAUCCAUCCACAACCUCGCCGAUGUUCUAUCAAAUCAUCCCGAGGAACAGAAUGUGAAUGAAGCGGUUGAGCUUGGCCGUCAAGCGCUCCGUCUUCUUCCUACUGGUCAUUCAGGGUUUUCGAGCUUUCUGAAGACGCUUGGGGAUGUACUUAACUCACGAUUUCAGAAGUUUGGGAACAUUGAUGACCGUGAAGAGGCUUUCAGGAUGUAUGAGCAAGCUGCAGGGCAUGCUAUGUCCCCUUCACUUAAUCGCCUCAUUGCUGCUGUCCGAUGGAUGUAUUUGGCAAAUAGGUACACGCACCAAUCUGUUAUGAGGGCAUGUAAACUAUCUUUGGAGCUUCUUCAUCGCUCUUCUAUGUUUCAAGGAAAUCUGGAGUCGCAGCACAGGUUUUUGGCCACCUCUAAGUUCAAGAUUCCGAGCACUUUGGCGUCCGAUGCUGCUUCGUUUGCUAUCAUGGCAGGUAACCUCAAAUUGGCGGUCGAGUUUCUUGAACAAGGCAGAGCAAUAUUAUGGGCUAAAGUUAACAACUACAAAACCUCACUUGAAGAGCUCCAGCAGAUCUCAGGUGGCGCUGAACUGGCUGAUCGUCUGGAGUUGUUGAACUCGCAGCUUAAUGGAAUUGUUUUCGAAUCACAUGGUGGAAUGAUUGGAAAACAAGGCAUCAAUUCUUGGAAUGUUUUUGACACGCAGAUGAAGAGACAUCGCGUACUUUCAGAGAAAUGGGAAGAAACAGUAGAGCAGAUUCGAAACCUUCCCAGAUUUGAAAACUUUCUACAGGCUCUGCCGUUCAAAAGACUUCAAUUGGCCGCUGCCGAAGGACCUGUCAUAGUCCUCAACAUGGGCAUCUUUUGCUGCGAUGCGAUAAUCAUGAUCAAAGAUAGUUUACCCAUUCUCGUCCCUCUUCCUUCAUUGGACAAAUUGCGGGAGCUUUUGAUACAGGUUAAUCAAUACCGUUUCUCAAGACAGAUCGUCACAGUCCUCAGGAGGUUGUGGGAUUUGAUUGUGUGUCCUGUAGUGGAACAGUUGAACAAGCUGAGGGUGCCGUACAAAUCGCGCAUCUGGUGGUGUCCAACGGAUAUGCUGUGUGCACUGCCAAUACACGCAGCGGGUCCGUACAGGCCUGGCCAGAAGAACUUACCGGACAUAUAUCUGUCAUCCUACACGUCGACUUUAUCGUCGUUGAUCAGAGCGAGGGAGAACGUAGUUCAGUCAUUGCAGGUUCCAAAGUUGCUGGUGGUGGGCCAGCCUGGGCCCGACCUCCAAAGCAUUCAGGACGAGGUUGACGCUAUUAAGAUGCAUGGAUAUCAAGCCAGCAUUCUAAUGGGUCAAGAAGCAACCCCCGACAUUGUUCUUAGUGCUCUGAAAGAACAUUCAUGGGCCCAUCUUGCGUGCCAUGGUAACUUAGGAGAGUACAACCAGCUAUUCCGCACGCAUUUCGAACUUUCAGGUGGAAAACUGACACUCCUUGACUUGAUCCGUGCAAAGCUACCCAAUGCCGAACUAGCGUUUCUGUCUGCAUGCCACAGCGCAGCGGGUGGAAUUUUGACGCCUGACGAGAGCAUACAUUUAUCGGCAGCGUUGCAGUUCUGUGGUUUCCGCAGUGUCGUUGGGACGCUGUGGGAGAUGGAGGAUGGAGAUGGACCGACUAUUGCAAGGGCGUUUUAUGAGUAUAUGUAUAGGAAUGGAGAGAAGGCGGAUUUCAGAGAUUCGGCUGAGGCUCUGUAUUCUGCUAUCAGGACGAUGAGGAAAAACAAGAUACCCCCGGAACGUUGGAUUAUGUUCGUUCAUACCGGCGCAUAA